UUUAGUAUCAAAAAUUUUAGAAUCAGUAAUUAUUAUUGACACUAAAAAUGUCAAUGAUAUCAGUUAUUUUUUUUUUUUUCUGACACUACUUCUAUGGUUUGGACGAUAGGCUAGUAUUAGACUUUAUUAUAGUGUCGGAAAAAUAUUGAUCUAAUACAAAUGACAACAUAGUAUCAGAAAUGUUCCGACACUAUAGGAUUUUUAUUAUCGAAAUUAAUUUGAUACAAUAAAAUAUUUAUAGUAACAAAAAGUUCCGACACUAAUAAGCUUUUUACCAUCAAAAUUAAUUCUGAUACAAUUAGAUACUUAUAGUAACAAAAAUUUCUGAUACUAAAUCACAUUAUGAAUAUCUUAGAAAAAAAUUGGCGCUUUCACAAAAAAGAAAAUAAAAAUAUGGCGCUGGCGCCACAUUAAAAUAUUAGAGAAUUUUGAAACCAUUUUCAUUUCUAAAAAUUCACCUUAGUAAUAUAACCAAAACCAAGCCCAAAAGAAAAGUCCUUCCUUUUCUCAUUUCAUCAGUAAAAACAACAAAGAACACUCUUAUUAUCUCUCCUUAUUCUAUUUCACGGAGCUAGGGUUCUAAAAAAAUCUGCUCAAAUUUACAAAAAUUAUCACUCAUCUACUCAAAUUUACAAAAAAAAAUCACAUAUUACGCUCGAAGUUGUUGCUCAUUUAUAAAAUAAUACAAAAUUGAACCUCCUAUUGUUCUCUAAUGGUUGCGCAUCAAGUGGGAUCUGCUGCCGUUGAAAUUCUCUAGCGGUUUUUAUUUUGUAAAUAAGUACUAUACGUAGACAAAUUGAGGUACGUUAGGAUUUUCAAAAAGGGAAAUUAUCAAGGUACUUCUAUUGGUAUUGCUUGUUCUUGUUGUUAUGAUAGUUAUUGGUAAUUUUUGUAUAUAUUAUAUGGUGAUUUGUGUUUAUAUGAUUUCAUCAUCAUUAUUAUGUUUUCCAUGUGAUUGUUUUUUCAAUAUUAUUAAACUUGAAACUACGUGUAAUUGAUUUUAUUUGUUUACUUUAAAGUUAUAACUCGAGUUUGAAAAUAAUUGUAUUCAUUUUUUAUUUUAUUUAUUUAUUUAUUUAUUUUUGUAUUAUAUGAAUAUUAAUACUGAGUUUUAGUAACUUAUAUUGAUUAUUACCUUAAUAUUGCUCCUGAAUAGGAUUUGAUAGAAGUAACUUAUUAAUUUUAUGGAUACGAGAAAAGGUUGGGUAUAUAUGCCAAGAAAUGGUCCUUAAUAUAGGGAAGGAGUAAAUAAUUUCAUACAAUCUUCCCUUAAUACUUCAGCCUUUAAUGGGAGGAUUAAAUGUCCAUGUAUGUAAGAGAUAUGCUGUCACUAUGCUUGAUCCUAAAGAUGUUCGUGAGAAUUUAUUUUGUGUGGGUUUUGAUAAAAAUUAUGCUAAUAGUAUUUGGGUGUUUCAUGGGGAAGAACCUUCACCAUCUAAAGUAGAGGAUGAUGUUUUAAGUGAUGAGGAGUCUAAUGAUGGGGUUGAUGAUAUGUAUAGAUUACUUCAUGAUGCUUUUGGAUUUCCUAGUUCAAAAAAUAACCUAGAUGACUUUCCACAAGUUGGUGAGGCAGAGAUGAAUUUAGAAGUUCAAAAUUUUCACCAGCUUAUGCAAGAUGCUAAAAUAGAAUUAUAUCCUGGUUGUGAUAAAUUCACUAAUUUGUCAUUCAUUCUUCGACUUCAUCAAAUGAAAUGUUUGUAUCGGUGGAGUGAUACAUUAGUCAAUCAUAUGCUGCAAUAAUUAAAUGAUGUUCUUCCUAAUGGAUCAAACUUGCCAAAAAAUUUAUACCAAAUGAAGAAGA